AUGGGGCUGUGCUAUUUGGUGGGGUUUGGUUUUGUAGUAUUGUUGUGGGCAAAAUCCGGCAACGGCGAGCCCGAAACUUGCUCGGGCAUUGUGCGGAUGAAGUACAGAUCCGAUAAGAUAUCGAUAGCCGAUUUUGGAGGCGUUGGGGACGGCGUGACUCUCAACACCAAGGCAUUCAGGGCGGCGAUUUACAGGAUCGAGCAUUUGAGGCGGCGAGGUGGGACCCUCCUCUACAUUCCUCCCGGAGACUACUUGACUGGUCCCUUCAAUCUCACCAGCCGGAUGACUCUUUACUUGGCUAGAGGCGCCACCAUCAAGGCCACCAUGGAGACUACGCACUGGCCCUUAAUAGCACCAUUGCCAUCUUAUGGAAGAGGAAGAGAACGGCCGGGCGGAAGGUACAUGAGCUUUAUCCAUGGGGAUGGGCUACAUGAUGUGAUAAUCACAGGGGAAAAUGGGACGAUCGACGGGCAAGGGGGCGUCUGGUGGGACAUGUGGAGGCAGAGAACUCUCAAGUUUACUAGGCCAAACCUUAUUGAGUUGAUGAACUCUAGGAAUAUAGUAAUUUCAAAUGUAAUAUUCAAGAACUCACCCUUUUGGAAUAUACACCCCGUGUACACAAGCAAUGUUGUGAUUCGAUAUGUCACCAUACUGGCCCCUGCUGACUCUCCCAACACUGAUGGAAUUGAUCCAGACUCGAGCUCCCACGUGUGCAUAGAGGACUCGUUCAUCUCGACUGGGGACGACCUCGUGGCCGUGAAGAGCGGGUGGGACGAGUAUGGCAUUGCCUACGGCCGCCCGUCCCACGGCAUCACCAUCCGCCGCCUCAGCGGCUCCUCCCCGUUCGCCGGAAUUGCAGUCGGCAGCGAGACCUCCGGCGGGGUGAACGACGUCCUAGCCGACCACAUCACCCUCUUCGCCACCGGAAUCGGCAUCCACCUCAAGACCAACGCGGGUCGCGGUGGAAUCAUCCGCAACAUAACCGUGUCCAACGUGUACUUGGAGAACGUGCGCACGGGAAUCAAGAUCUCCGCAGACGUCGGGGACCACCCGGACGGGGGUUACAACCCCAAUGCCCUCCCCGUUCUAAAGGAUGUGGUGAUUAGGGACGUGUGGGGCCAAGGGGUGGGACAGGCAGGGUUGAUCCGUGGUCUCAAAAGUGCACCCUUCACCGGGAUUUGCCUGGCCAAUGUUCAUCUCGGAGGGAAGCGUGGGCCCGCAGAUUGGCAGUGCUCGGACGUGAGUGGGGCUGCAUUGCGGGUCAGCCCGUGGCCGUGCGCGCAACUUAAUGGUCCCCGUUUGGGGCACGGAGCGUGCUCCUCUUCUUUCUGA